AGAUGUGUAUGGGCGGCACAUGAUAUACCACGAUACUUCAAGAAGUAGGAGGCAUGUGCAUAUCUCAUCGGCAUGUCGCUUGUGACUGAACUACAGCAGUGACGUGAAAUUAUGGACAAUACGAACCACAUGCACCAAGGCAAGCAUCACAAGAGUGGCAUUCCUACGAUGGUGGGACCUUGUGUAGUACGCCCGACCGACGCGCCGACGCCCUCAUUCCAACGCACCACCAACGCUUCAGGAAGCGUCGGCGUUGCUCCUCUAGGGAAUUGUGUGAAGUAAUGUUUUCACCUUUCACCGAUGACACACUUUGGGUUCGUUGCAGAUUCAGUGAGAGUUCUGUUGUGCUUGUGUGAUCCAGUCAACAGGAAUGUACUCAUAUUGAAGAUGUUACGCAGGGCGACGUGAGAAUGCUGAUUGUCGAUCCUGGUUCAUUGACAUUUGUAGUCGUCGGUCUGCUGACAUUGGUGAUUCUGGUCCUCACCGUGGCAUUAUGUCUCUGUAAACAACGCCUUGGAAAGUCUGGCAGCUGCCCCAUCGACAACCAUCUUCAAGUAAACAGGGAGCUUCCCGCUGUGAAACCUCAGCUUCCCGAAGGGCAACAAAAUGGAGACGUGCGUCCUGCAUCACCGUCCGACAAAGGUGCUGCCCAUACAAGCAGGGCAGUUACUGAACGAGCACUGCCAACACCUCCAGGUCGUCCACAAUCACUUCCGGCCUCCUUGGUAAUCGCUAACAAUAAUGGCUCAACUCCCUUGGCAACUACAACCCCAGACAGUCGCUCCUCUACCCUGGUUCGUCCCCACCGAAGGAACAAGGCACCUGCUCCUCCUCCUCCAGCUCAAGUCACAACACCAUCUGCCAGCACAGCAGAAGAUGCACAAGAGAGAGGUGACACCAGAAGUGAGAGCUCAGAAUCAGAUCCACUCUAUUCUGUUGCCACUGCACGUCAGUUGUGUGCUGCUGAUGAUCCUGCUCCACCAGUUCCUGAAAAGAGGUUUGAGACAUCUUCGGAACCAUGCACGUCAGACGGAGCCUUUCGGCCCCUUUCUGCCAUCAACAAUGGAGAAGCAAGUUCCGCUGCCUCUAUGCUUCCUGCGAUAGCUCCGGCUCCCGAAGUACCCUUUGCGGCUGCCACUCUAACAGAACCCCUUGCAAGUGCGGCAUCUACAAAUGGAACAUCUGACUUGUCCUACACAGUCAUAUCCGUAAGGGAGCCCCUAGCAAAAGUUCGAGAAGAAACUAUGCGACAAAGGAGGGUGCAGAACUCAGCCACACAAGAAGCCUUUUACACAGAAGUCCCAGAGGAGGAGCAGAUGUACGCAGAAAUUGAAUCUGGGCACAAUUCAGCAGGCUCCUCGGUUACAUAUGCCAGGAUAGAGCCAAGGGGGCCUGACCAGCCACCAGCACCGCCAACGGUGGAGAGCCUUAAAUCUGUUGCUCAGGCUCACUCCCGGCAAGCCUCUACAAGCUCCUUCACUGGUGGCACAAGCCCGGACGGGGAGGCAAACGCCCUGUACACAACCGUCGAUAAAAGCAGUAAGCAGCGACAGACCAUACACGUGUCGGAGGGCUUGUCCGCGGAAGGAGUUCCGCUCAACGACCUCUACGCCAAAGUUCACAAAACAAGAACCACCAGGAACCAAGAGGACGCUCACAAGAGUAAACCCACUGCCACAACCGACGAAGCUUCACUGAGUCAUCGUCCACGUUCUCUUCCGGUCGGUGUUGACGCGGCGUUACCUCACGACGGCAGAGCUUUGUUGCCCGCGCACGACGUAGUGCCAUUGGUUGAGCCCCUGCCGCCUCCGCCGGUGGAAUAUGCUGAUCCCGCGUACGAAAGAGUUUACCAUCAAGACUCCAGCGACACGGAUCCCUGCUACGAACGCGUCAGCGGCGGCCGCACCGACAUCUCCGACUCCGAUUACGAGCGCGUCGGAAAUUCGGAGGCCGGGUACGAAACGAUCAGGAGGGACGCUUCGGUCAUGUACGACGAGCCAGAUUACGAAAAGAUAAGGAAGAGCAACGACGCUUCGUGUUCCGCCGACGCCAAAGAAGGGGCUUACAUGACGGUCAGCGACCGCGAGGUCGAUUACGCCGUAGAGCACGGUUACGAGAGAAUUAAGGGCACGAAGGACGCUUCAUACGACGAGACCAGCGAUCCCGGGUACGAGAGAAUAAAACGUAGGGACGAUCAGAAUUACGACGAAGUCAGCGAUCCAGGUUACGAAAAGAUACGGAAGAUAGAGGAUGACGUGUUCCUGCACGCAGAUAGUGAUCCGGGUUACGAGAGGAUAAAAGAAAGCAAUUUACACAAGAGGGUCGGCUCCGGAGAGCGGCACCGCGCGAGGACACGGAAACAAGGAGAGGCAUCUUCGAGUACAAAAGCAACGAAACAAAAUGGCGGUUCGAGCGACGAAACGUACGAGUGUCUGCCGGGAAGCAAGGUCAAGCCUCGUGAGUUGGGAUACCGGCUGAUGAAGGACGCGCCGAGCAGCGGCGAUUCGCAGAGUGUGAGCUGGAAAGGAGACAGCAGCUCAAGCCUGGACAAGGCGGAUGCGAUAGAAGACAGCAGCUCAGAAGAGCCAGGGUACGACAGGGUGAAGCUGUCCCGUGACGACGCGGUGCCCCCCGAGGCCCCACCUCGGGGUCGCUUGAGUUUGAGGACAAAAGGGUGGCCGAGCAGUGAUAGCAAUUUGACGAACGUGUGUCAGGAACAGGCUAGUCAGUGCAAUCUGAGCGCCAGCGCGUCAGCUGUGGUGCACGAUCCUGCGAGCGCGGCGCAGGACGGCGCCGUUGCCCGCAUGUACGACAGCAGCGGUGUGGCGCUGUAUGAGGUUGUGCCUGAGGUCAAAGUGCAAGUUGAAGAUUCCCCCGUGGUGUGGACACGAAAUUCGAGUCACCGUGCGUCUGACCACAGAGAGUAUAUUUUUUAGCUUACUUAUAAUAGAGUUUGAAGUUGAGUUCGGUGUUUCUUGCAGUUUGACACUGAACAGAUCUGCUGCCUGUAUUGUGUGAGGAAAAUAGCUGCUGGGUGCAGCCUUUAAGUACAGUCUGUAGUGACUGCUGGAAAUGUAAAAGCUUUACCUUUGUGUUGCUCUGUUAUGUAAACAUUGUGUACUUCAAUGACAAUGAGGGCACUCCAUCCAGCGCACCUGUCUGGUCAAUGUAUGGUAUUGAGGAUCUGACUGCGAAUUCAGCAGCAAAAAGCAACCAUGAUCUAGCCAAGAGCAUGGCAGGCUGAGUGAAUCAGCCCAAUGCUUAAUGUUGCUCAUCCUCGAGAGAUGCGGAAGUGGCAGCAGUGCUCUGUUGAAGCUCUGACUGAAUAAACGUUUUCUCAGCAGAGAAAGAAAGAACGCUUCGUCGUGAAGCAAGCUGAUCUAAAACAACCAGUGGAAGUGCAACAACAACUGCAAACGUGCUCCAGGCCAAGCAGUGACUCCAGAUAUGUUAAACAACUUCUAUUUACAGUGCUAGGCUAAUUGGAAAAUGGGAAUCCUGAAAAAAAUGCCAUAGAAAUAGCCAUUUCUAAGUAUGGAAUGUGUUUCUGUAUAAGAGGGAUAUUGACUGCGUCACAUACAUUGGAAAGUACCACAUUUUUCUUCCCACAACAAAAUGCAUGUAAGUGAACAUGCAAAUGACAUAAAAUUCUGCCUCGUAAGACAUCAGGCACCCUGUGAGAUCUCCAUCAGGUGAUGCCACUCCUAUCACCUCCACCACUGGUGGUUUUUUUUUUUUUUUUUAUGCAUUUCAGGUCGGUCCAUUUGACCACUGUUCAUAUCACAAGUCACCUUACAUAUCACUACGAAAUAUGUGUACAUGCUGUUAGUAUAUAACAGAGCAAUAUAUGUGUUUACAAAAUAUGCAGGAUCACUGAGCUAGAAUGAAGUAUGACCAAAUAUGCUGCCAUUAACACUGUGUUGUUCCCAAACUAUCGUUUUUAUCAUUUGUACAAGUUUUUGACUUGUUGAUGCAAUGCCAUGUAUAACAUAUACAGAAGUGUUCAUAACUUUUCUGCUUUGCUUCUUAUGGUUACAAAUUUAUGUGAGUAUGUCUGCCAUUACAAUUAGGCUGAAACUUUCCCGUCGUUGUUCUUUUGGAAUCGAGAACAAUGUGGCGGUGGUGGAUAUGAAUAGCACAGGGCAUCAAAGCAGUGGGCUACAUUGGAACAGCUUCAGAAAUGCGUGCUUCCCAUUGGGAAUCCCGCAGAAGCCCACAAUAAUAGUAGCAUAAAAACUUACCAGUCAGACUCUUGGCAGACAUGCGUUUGCAUUUCAUUUGUGCACUAGAAUGUUAUAAUUGCAUUAUGGAAUACAUGUCGGUGAAUAUUUCAUCCUUCAUCUCUUUGUGGAUCACAUCUUUUUGGGUGCUUUUUAUUUUUUUAUUUUUGUGAACAAGCACACAAAACAAGAAAGUCUGUUCUAACAGACAUUGUCGUUAGCAGCUACUGGUGCUACUAUAAUAUGUAUAUUUAGGACAUAGAGAACAUUGCACUUAUUUAUUUGAAACAGAAAUCACUAUACUUGGCAGUAAUCCAGCAUCACGUGUUCAUGUAGUAGCAUGCCUCGGCAGUGUAGCAUAAAAUGCAUAUGCGAUAUUCAUACUCUUAAAAAUAUUUUGUGUUUUCUCAGAGUAUCUUAAUAUAUAUGUACCUGCACAUUAUGGAGCAAGUUGACGUACAUUUCUCUGUGCAAGCAAUCAGUAUUAUGAGCCUGUGAGAUCACUUUAGAUAUGUGUCUUGAUUGAUUGUUUGCGUUAACGGAGAUUUGAGGGAGAAUGCAUCAACAUUUUAUAGAGGAGAAAUGGGGAGAAUGUUGUAAUGGGUGGCAUUCUAACAUGUAAUUAAUCUGUCUCCUGUAUCAGGUAAAAUAUAGUGCAACUGAGUAAGACAGAGUACAUGUCACACUAGCCUCUGCUGGGGCAAGUGCAAUACUCUGACACUGUAUCAGGACACUGACUCCGAGAACUGCCACGAAAAGGGCAGCUUUGCACUCAAGUAAACUAACUUUUGAAGAGCUACUAAUAUUUAAGCUUUCUGUAUGCAUUGCAGCGCAACCAAGAGACUUACUGUAUAGCGAAAUACGUGCAAUGUGCAUCCUUAGAAAUAUGAAAUGGAAGAGGAUAAUGCUGGUCUUUUACAUUUCCUGUAUGCAUUGAUACCAUGUUCUGCUGGGUAAUGCUUUGUAUGUAGUGUUUUGCUGAUGAAUCCCUAGCUUCAACUCACAUUUUAUGCGCUCAAAUUGCUCGAUUUUAUGUUCUAUUCAAUGUAACUGAAACAUUACUUAUUUCAGAAUUGCUAUGGGGUGCUUUAAACGAAUUGCACAAAGGCCGUAAGAAAAUACUAGAAGGGCACCAACCUUUAGGUCACUUCGUGAAUGAAAAGGCUGCCAUUAAAAGUUAAAGGCGCAUAGAACCGCUCAAAAAAGAAAAAUGCCAGGAGGAGCAGAAAUUAGGAUUACGAGGACUGGGAGCCAUAUUCGUGCAAAACAUAAAAGCGCAUUUUUGAGAACGAUCUAUGGAAAAUGUGUAACAUACUGUAAACGUAUUUUUAUUCGUAUUCAUUUUUAAUUUUUUUUAUUAUAUUAUAUACUAUAUAAUAAUUUAUUAAUUUAAACGUAUGUAUUAAUUUUUGCAAAUCGCACGUUCAGUCAUCUGCGAAGCUAUUCGCGAGUAAUUAAUUUAAUGAUUUCAGGGCUGUUUCCUUUCGCAGGAUAAACGUCAAGCUGUUUUUGCAAGUACAAUUUUUCUCAAUUUUUUAGAGGUCACAAAAUUCGUGAAAAUUAAUACAUUGCAAAUAAAAAUACGUUUACAGUAAUCAUGACAGCGCCUUGGCUGGACCACACCUACACAGGCUUCCAACCAUUACUAGAAAAGCCGCCAACGAACAAAUAACAGCUGGUACAAACUCUUGUUGUCGGUGUGGCAGUGUUUGCUAUGAAUUCCUAUAGGAUAGCUUCGGUCACUUCCAAGAACUUGAGUGCUCAGUGCAGGCUUUGAACCAAACAGUGUCUCUGCUCAGAUCCUUUGUUCCUACUCAAUUGCCUUUUUCCCUAAACAUUCUUCUAACCUUUCACUGUAAGAUUUCUAUUUAUGACUGUAAAACAAGUUGCGGCUGGAUGUUAAGGGGUUCUCGCAACACCUCACUUCGUCAUAUAUAGUGCGGUGGACAUGCUGUUAUGCAAAAAUUGCACAUGUGUAGGGUUAUGUGUUACAGUAAUUCAGGGCCUUUUUAUGUGAGCAAUUUGCUUUUUAGUGAAGAAAAAAUUUCAAUAUUGGUGUGCAAGUAUGUGCAGGCAUGCCUUUCGUCCUGUACUGUUCCUUUCUGUAUACUCUCAUAAUGUUAAGGACACCCUUUUAUAGUUUACACAGUCUGUUGUUCGUUGCCAGAACCUCUCUGGGUUCUCGAAUUACCCACUGUUCUGUGCAGCAGUUAACCAGCAGCAAUUCAGCAGCAGGUUAUCUGUUUUUUAUAGCAUUAUGCUUUCUAGUGAUAUUCUACUGUUGUAGACAUAGACACUUUGAGAUUCAGCACACUUCCAGUUAUAUUGAUGUCGCGCAAGAAAUUAUCUAAAUGGCACUUUUGUGCAUUCUAAAGGCUGGUAGUAGAAUACAUGCUGUAAUGUUCACGUUCUGCAAGCAGGCCAGCUCCUAUAUCUACAGCCUUUAUGGUUUUCUAAUGCUUGCUCUGUGGCUACAAGUAAAUUAGAGGGAAAAAACAGCAACAGUAUGGCUGUAGGUUUAAGGGUCACAAAGUUAACCUAACCCAACUUUCAACUAACUGUGCCAAUGAAACGAUUUCUUGCUGUGUCAAAUCAGCCUUGACUAAUCUUGCAAAUUAUGUGGCUGAAAGAGUGAAAUUGGUGUGCAUUAGCAGGGAAGAUGAUUGGUCUAAAUGAGAUGUUUUGCAUACUACUGCAUCUAGUAUCUGGAAAGCAAUGCAUGUUGUGUCACAUGUGUACGUGCACAUACAUGCCUAGUAGCUGUCGUUGCGAAUUUAUCUAAUCAUGCGUUUGCACAUGUUCCUUUUCUUUUGUAGGGUGACUUCCUGACGUUUAACUGUGCACUUAAUAAGUAUGUAUGUCACGCUUCUUUAGAUGUGUUCUGUGUGUAGUAGGUGAUGUUGGAAGAUUUCAUUUGGAAAUCUGCCCAGGGAUUUUUGUUGCAGUUUUUCAAGGUUGGUUCAGCUAAUGUAACGCGAAAUCGGUCAGCUCCAAAAUACAUCAAAUCUUCAUAUUGUAAAGAUACAGGUGGACAGUUUUGAUCCUGAAAACUGAGUUGAAAGUCUAAAUGAGACAAACAAACUCCUGGUUUCAUGCACAUGGCCAGUUAGGUAUACUAACCAACUUAGUAAAAGCUGGCUCAUACAAAAUUUAUAUUGAAUGAAAUUGUACAUAAUAUUGUACAGCCUUUGAGAUUCAAUGAACAACUUUAGCAAUGUGCAAAAUGAUUGCAAAAGACAGGUUUCUUGACAGGAUGCUGGUCUUUCCAUGUUUUGCCAAAUACUGUUUGUGAGAUUCAGGUGCUUGUACAUGGAUUGUGGAAUAUCAAGUGGUAAAUAGUGAUGUGGAAAGGGUUUCGAGCUUGUAGAAUGUAGCAUUUCGACAACUGUGGAGGGUUUGCCAAACAUUCUAGCCAUGAGGUAUGGAACGUUAAUGGUGCAAUGUUCUUGGAGUGCAAAUUAUAUAUAUAUAUACAUAUAGUUUAAUGUUCAUGUAAUUUGAACAAUAAGAAUGGUACAAGUCUCACUCAUAUUUCUUAAAUAUAUGAUGAUAUAAUAUAUUGUGAUUAAUAAAAGUGUAUUUUGGGCA